GCUCGUGCGUCGGGACUUACAUUGGGACUUACUACUGUAAGCGGAGGGCAUGUGUGGUAUAAAGUGACGCGGUGUCUUGUGUUAAACGAGCGUGCGAGGGAAAGGUUAAGAAAGGAAUCACGAAGGUGUUACGGACAGUGUGGAGCUUCCCCGUGCUGACGGGGCGCUUUGGUGAUGUACGACAGCGCUAGCUGUUCGUACGCAGGUGCGCUCGACUUAAAAGGAGCGGCCGGUGGCGGCGGCGGUGGUGGCGGUGGAGGCGCGACCACAGCAUCGGUAAACGCGACAACAGCAGGAGUAGCGGUGCAAAGUGCAAGUACACCGUCGAGUAACGGAGUAGCCGUGGGUAACGUUAAGCAGGAGAAUUGGCCGUAUCGCGGUCUCAGCUGUGGCAGUACAUUCCAGCAGCUCAAACAGAGCGUCGAAAAAGCCAAGCAGGCGCUCGCCGAUCGCGGUGGCUAUUUGGCUGGUGCUUUUUCGCCGCCGCCCAGAGCUAACUCUUCCACUAUUUCACCGACUGCGUCCAUCACAGAUGCAAGUAGUUCGUACAAGGGCGGCUGGAGCCACGCCACGUCGCCGGCCCCUGGACAGGGGUACAGCAGUAGCCUAUCGAAAUCGGCACUGGACUCACACUCACACCUCAGGCAACCUGAUCCUUAUCAGAUGUUCGGAGCAACGAGCAGCAGACUGGCGAGUUCCGGCAGUGGACAGAUCCAGUUGUGGCAAUUUCUGCUGGAGCUGUUGUCGGACUCAAGCAACGCCGCAUGUAUCACGUGGGAAGGCACGAACGGCGAAUUCAAGCUGACCGACCCCGAUGAAGUGGCGAGGCGAUGGGGCGAACGCAAGUCUAAACCUAAUAUGAACUACGACAAACUCUCUAGGGCGUUAAGGUACUACUACGACAAGAACAUCAUGACAAAAGUUCACGGCAAGAGGUACGCGUACAAGUUCGACUUCCAAGGGCUUGCAGCGGCGACGCAGCCAGCGGCAGCGGAUCCAGCGGCUUACAAGUACCAAAGCGAGCUGUUCAUGUCGGGUUACGGCCAUGCGAAAUUGAACCUCAUGCCGCCGCCGGCUACGUCGGUAUCAGUACCCGGUGGCUUGUUCCAAUCGGCUUCGAGCUACUGGUCAACGAGUCCCGGCGCUAAUUUGUACGCCGGCCAUCAUACGGCUUCGGGUCAUGUGCCGCCACACCUUGGCAGCUAUCCACAUUACGCAUGACCCGGGGUCGAGCAGUGGGGAGCUGCUCUCGGUACUCCGCGCUGAACAAUUCGCGCGCUGCAGCUUUUGUUUCCUUUUCUUUUUUUUUUUUUCGCAAUCGGGGACGGGGAUGUUUGCGGUUGUUUGCUUUCACUCCGCGAGUGUACAUUACUAUUGGGUUCGGGCACAUGCACGCGCAGUAGUAUUGUGAGCAAACGAAAGUGACCGCGCGAGUGUUGUGUAUAUCCCGCGCGCCAUUUUUUCUCAUUUACCAACUAUAAAUGUUUGAUAUUCGAAGUCGUACAACAUUUACAAAACGUUGCUUGAACUCCAUCCAACGUCAAUGUUACGCAUGGGACGAGGAAAGAAUGGAUCGGCCAACUGCAAGAUCCGUCGUAUAUCCCCCCUCCCCUCAUUCAAAUAUAUAGGUUUUUUUAUCCCUCGCAUGUAUAGAACAUACAGUCGGCGGAAUGUGAAAACAAUGAGGCGAUUUGGUGCGUUCCAAACUUCUCUUCUCAUCCUCUGUCUCAUUCUACAUUCUGUGUGCCAUAUACGACCAUGACGAGCCAUCGAACGCUUGACGUUCCGCAACGUGACUGUAAAACGUGAAAAAUGUGCAAGGCUAUCACCUGAAUUUAUCUUUCAACAAGAGGAGUUGUUUGUGGGUGUGUUGGGCAGAAUACAAAGGAAAUAAUGAAAAUCUUGUAAAUAUAAUUAAACAAGCGAAAACGUGUAAGUAAUAUACCGAUACGUAAAGCUAAAAUCGAGCGAACGACGGAUACUCAAAUGUGUUGUCCUGGAUGACGAAUAAUUUUUCUUCUUUUUUAAAUUGUUUUCUUUUAAAUUAAUGAGUUACGUGAUGACUGCGCUUGUGCAAGAAUGUUUUGCUGUAAGUAGUGCAAGUUGAAUAUAGUCAGAAUUUUUUUAACAAUUCAUAAUAAUCAUUUUUGUAUAGUUGAUAUUUCAAUGUCCAUCGAUGUUCAAUAUUCACAGUUAAAAAUAAUUACUUCAGACGCACCACUCAGGACAAAAAGUUCGAGUGUCCGACGGGCGCAGCGGAAACUCAAACUAACAAGUGUAUCAUAUAAACUCUUUUAAACUGACAUUAUUUGUUAUUGUAUAUCAUAAGCGCGCCAGGAGCAGCUUAUUUCCCUGUCAAAGAUAAUGCGAGAAGCCAGGAGAACAAAAAAGGAACGUGAAAAAUACGAUUAUUAUUACAAUUAUCAUAUAGAGGUUCAAUCGUAAGAGAAUUCUCAGAAGCUGCCGUUGAGAUGCCCUCGCGUCGGAUUUAUCACGUAAAAAUGCAAACCAAAAAAAUUAAAUUAAAUUAAAGUAAACAAAAGUAAAAUAACAAAUGAAGUGACGUACCUCUGUCGACGAUGCGUAAUUCCUAAGUCAUAUACUGUAUCAUACCAACACUUAAGACCUAAGCAUUACUAGAACAAAAAAAAGCUAUAUUAACGGAUAGUGAUGCGUCCCCCUUUGACUUCGCGGGAUUUGGACGAGACAAGCAUUUCCUUUUGUUUUUCGCAGUGCGAUUUGAUUGAUGUGUGAACGGUGUGCCAUAGAGUAUUCGAAUGCGGGUUUUUUUAGCGCUCGUUUAACGACUGUCGAUGAAUCAAACUGCGUAGCUCUCCUUUCAUAAUUUAACUUCGCUAAUUUAUCGCCUACCGCUUAGACAUUAUUUAUUUUUGUUAUGUUUUCAGAGUUUGUAUAGAUUACCGCGUGACAAAAGCAACAACAAGAAUAACAGUCCAAAGCCGCGAGGUGCGAGAGACGGCACCGAAAUGUAGAUAGGGUGUUUUCAUGUGUAGCGUAGCUGCGUUUAGAUGAUCUAGUCCUUUAUUCGGCGUGUAUAAAUGGCUGUGCGAGUGAUUGAGAUACCAAAGAUGAUGUCGAGAGCGAAGUCAUUAGGUACGCUUUUCGAUUUUCUUUCCGUCAUUCCUAAAAUAAACAAAGAAAUCACGUGUAAAGAAAGGAAAAUAAGUAGAGUGUCGAUGAUUUUUUUCGCAAUUUUCUCAAUUGAAAGCGUUAUUGUAAGUUUAUAUAAUUAAACAAGUGGGAUGAAAACUUUUUAUGGAUGUAAUUGCGAUUAUAGCGAUAAUCAUUUUAAAAGUCAUUUGGGAGUAAUAAAAAAAAUUAAUGUUGUAAAUAAUAUUUAUGUUUUUAAUUCAGCUCAAUGUUUCAUUUCAAACCUACCCAUGACACAAACAAUAUAAAGUAUAUCAUUCCGAGCGAAUCAAGGGAAAAUACACACAAAUACACUGACGAUUGAAUGUCAAAUUAUU